UGUUUUGUAGCUUGUUUAUUCACCAACAACUUCAGUUACAUAUUUGUAUUUUGCAUUUGCAUUGUUUCAAAUUUAUAUGAUGGGCGAGUAUAUUAAACUCAACGCAACUUCGUUUGGUUUUCCGAUAUCGGUAUCAGCUUAGUUAGCAACAUCUCUAUGAAAUACACAUAUGUCGAAUGACUAGAGUAUAGGUAAUACAUAUUUCAGUUACGCGUAUAUAUAGUUGGUAUAUUAGCUUCGUAUAGUAUAGCCUUGUAUAGUAUAGUUUUAUAUUCUACUUGGUCACCAUUGGUCGUUAUAGAUAGUAUAUGUGUAUAUAUAUGUUUGUGUUCUGGUUUCUCCCGGUUCUCACCCUAUAAACAUGGCAUGGCAUGACAUGAGUACACAUAGUUUCAAGGUUUGAGUAAAAAUGUGAUAAUCGUUUAAGGACUAUAGUACAUAUAGUUAGUUAGUAGCUCGUGUUACGCUUAUAGUUAUUACGCCUGCUAUCCAUAUUAAAUACUCAGCUAUAUUUUGACUAAUAUGCUCGCGCUAAACUAUAGGUUUUCCUUAGCGGUCAUUCGAAUACGAACUUUUGAGAGAGAGUAUGUGUGUGCGGUUAUCUUAGUUAGUAGCAAAUACAUACAGUAAAACGUUAGUUAAUUCAGUUUAAGAAUAGUUACGAGUAUUUAAAUACUGUGCACAAAACGCUUUGGUUAGUUGCUUUAGCAUUGUUGUUGUUUGUUUGACCCCAUACCAGCUUUUUUGGAUUGUUAAUUUCAUAACACUUAUGCAACAUUUGAACAUAGUUAGGCAACAAUAACGACUUGAUUACGAAUAAUGUACUAUAUAUGUAUGAGUAUGCUGCACUAUUCAGUUAGAAGCUAUAUUGUCUAAUUCACACGUUUAUAUUGAAUGCUGGGCCCCCGGCAAUGGGGGCUGAAGCACUAAACUUACACAACAACUGUAUGAAAACCGAACAAAACCUUUUGCUAAAUAUCAUCAUAUGUACUUUUCGAGUUGCAUACCCUGUACAAUGUCUCUGUACUAAAUACCUCGUGGUUAUUAUAUGCAAUUUCUGAAGAGUCCCUUAGUUAAUAAAACGCGUGUUGCAUGAUUGAAUUCGGCAAUUCUUCAAAGCGUGAAAAGUCAUAACGGACACAACGUAGAAUCCUUCGUGUGCUAUGAAAUGUUUCUAGAUUAUCGGAUUACACUGAGUAGUUCAAGUUUUACAACACUGGAACAACGGUGAUAAUCAGCAAGUAUUUCAGCUAUUCUUAUAUACAGUUUGUCAAUAUAACCUCAUUGUAUACCUGCGAUUAACUACAUUUUGUUGGCCUUCUUGUGCCUCCUUCGGCCUUUACAGAGUUAUUUUCCUUUAUUUUGUAAAGAUAGGUGUUACUUGGGAUAUACGCGUGCAAAAUGAUGAUUUUGUUCCCCACUAAAUGGGGGAUUAAUUGAGCUUUAAAGUGGAUUUUACAUGAUAACAUUGAUCACAACGCUAAAAGACACUUGCAGCCAUUCAAGUGCCUUGCGGAAAUAUCCUUGCGAUCCAUUUUGAUCUUGGUUAGUUGAGAACGAAGUCGGUAAUACUUAUGAUGAAACGUUUAAAUUUUGGGUGGAAAUAGUUAAAUACUUUACGAAUAGUUUAAAAGGUUACAGUUCAAGUGAAAUAACCAAUUUAGCGAUUUCAUUCCCUACUAUAAAACUGAUAACUUAAAAUGCAACUUUAACUUUUAUACAAAAUUGUGAGCGCGUAUAAGACCCUCUAUAUAUAUUUUAUUUUUUCCUAUGGAAUAUAUUUAUUUUAUAUUCCGCAUACCAUUUGGUAUCAAAAACCUAACAAUAAUUCCCUUAUUUUGUCAGAUAACUUGUGUGUGUGCUAUUUGGGCAACAAAUUUACAAGAUUUGUCGAUAAUGCAUAUAUAUUUUAUGGAACUUUUCUUUUAACUUUAACAACUUGAAAUAUGAAAUUGAUUUACUUAAGGAAGGUGGGCCUCCGCUUUGGAGUUACUUGCCCAUUAAUGCCGACUAAUUGCCAAGCCGUAUUGCCAAAAAGCUUUAGUGGGUUUUAAGGAGCGAAUCAAAAGUAGUUAGAACCGAGAACCAAAGUUGCCUGGUUUUUCGGUUCUAAACCUGUAAAAAAUUUCCCAUGUGGACACGUUUGAAUAUUUUCGAAAAACUAAAAAUUCAAUUUCUAUGAUCGGCACGAUAUCUUUGAAUUUACGAUCCCUUUGGCCAAACGUCCUUCAAAAGACUAAAUUAUCAGCUCCAAAUGAGUCGUACUUUGUAUGCAUCGCGUCGUCCCACGAGUGAUGUCUUCCAUGGAGACCCCUUCAAAAUUCAGUCGUACAACUUUCGCUAUGCCGACAAACCGUUCUAUCCGGUUCAGAAUUAUCAGAGGCCAACGCCAUCAAAUCCGCCGGAAAUUGCGAGGCAGCCAUCCUUCCAGACCUACUACCACAAUCCCCGGUUUAGUCAGGAUCCCGAGUAUUUGCCAGCGAAGAGGGGUCCACCCAGGGAGCACCAGAAAUGUCGGCUACAGCAGGAAUCCAAGUCUACGAUAAGGCAACCCAUUCCGGUGGCUCCGCAGACGCGACGUCCACAGGUGUCACCGCCUGUCACGGAUUCCCCGCUUUUGAAACCCUGCUGUCAUAGUAGGAAAUACCAGAAUAUCAGAAGGGAUCAGAGCACUGUGACUUUGAGCGACAAUUGCAGCAGUGUCCUGCGACCCACUGGUGGUGCACUCCGUCGGGUCUCGACCACCACUUUUUCCAGGAGUUCAAGUAGCGAACUGGAAACCAAACGAAGCUCUUGUGAGAUCAACAUCAAUAUAAGGAAAGGAUCACCGCAAUCCGAAUCCGAGGUGGACAACAAUGUGAGCAUUAAGAUCGAAGCGGAUGCCUAUCUGCUCAACAAUACGGAUAAGGUAAAAAUAAAGUCGAGGCAGGAACAAGGUGCUUCCGGAUCAUCGGGAUUCUUUGGCAUCGACAAGCGGUUGUCCAAGUUCAAUGUGAUUGAAACCAAACCGCGAACUUGUCCGGAAUGGGAGCUCCGGCAGAAGGAAAAAGCCAGGGAGCUAGAGCGCCAACGCGAACGGGAACGGGAUCGUCAGCUUCAGGAGGAUCAGAGGCUGGAGCGGGAAAGGGAGCUCCAGGAGGAGCGGGAACGUGCCCGCCAGCGGGAGCGGAAACGCGAGGAGCUCCGCCAGUUGGAGCGGCAAAGGGAUCAGGAGCGUCUCCUGGAAAUGGAAGUGGAGCGCGAGAGGCAAAGACUGCGAGAGUUGGAAAGGGAAAUGCAGCGGAGCCGGGAAUUUCAGCGUCUCUGUCUCCUCCAGGAGCAACUGCGUCGAGAGGAGUGGGAGGAAAUGCAACGGCAGGCCGACAUUCAGUCCAGGCCACCGGUUGUAAUGACCUCGCAUCUGUAUGUUCGUACCUCCGAUGAUCGAUUGCCCGGAAUGGCCUACUGUGAUUUAUCCUCACAAAGAACCCGGCGAUCUUCCUCGCCAAUAAGAGAUCCUCCCAAGCGGAGGAAGAGAAGAUCUUCUCCGAUUAAUCGGAGUGAAGGGGGUACAAUAUCAGCUACCCGUUCUCCUACUCCUCCACCGAUUUCCAUCCAAAAUGGCAGUUCUUUAGCUCCAAUUGAUAGUACCACCUCCUAUGUAUCUUCUCCGAAUGAAAGUCCGCAUCCCUCCUCCAGUCGCAGUUCCACUCCCGUUCGUUAUCCCCAACGUUCGUUAUCACCAACUCCCACCAUCCCAAGAAAUCUGGAUCGCACUAGUUCGGGAACUUCGAAUGGCAAUGUCCAUGUCACGGUGACCACCAAAGGCAUUCGGAGCAACUGCAGCGUGAGGCACUCCUCAAAAUCUCGGGUGAGUGAACGCGAACCCAAGCAGUUGAAUGGAACCCGACCUUUCGUUACCCGUCUGAAUAAUAUGCCCAUAAGGAUUACUACUUCUGGAACCGCGGAUACUGAUCUGGCUGUCAGCCUGAACCACUUGAGGAUUAGGGAUUCAUCUCCUUUAAGGACGGAAGGAACUACCAGUCGAGAACCACAGGAUGCCUGCCGGGUGAACAUCAACGUUUAUGCGGAUAAAAUGCGCCUCAUGCGUUUGUAAAAAGGAAAACUGUGGGAGUACUUGAGUGAUUUCCGGAAUAGAUCAUUUCUGGUUUGAAGAUUUGAUCUAUUAUAGAUCAUCUCUGGUUUAAAGAUUUGAUCUAUUCCAGAAAUCAUCCCCUUACAUCCUCCAUUUCCUUGCACCCAUGAAGUUGUAUAUUUUGUUAUUUCACCUUCACAUGUUUUCAGUCCAACAAAAUCCGAAAAGAAUAUACAAAAUUUCUAAAGAGUGAA